UAUCCACGCAGUUGCACCGCUCCCCAUCCCCCUCUACCCCCGCGCCGUCGGGCUCCAUAAAAUCUGCACAAAUAAUUUUACUUCGUCAUUGUAAUUUCACCCUUCAACCUUCAUUUCUAUUUUUUCUUUUUUUUUUCUUUAUCCCGUUUGCAGUUGUUGAGUUUAGGGUUAGUAAUGGUUGAUCGCGGUGUUGCGGGAGAUGAACUGAUCAUCGAUUGGAACGAACUAUUGGACAAUUUGCCUGAUGACCUCUGCUUCGAUUUAGGCGACCUUCCGCCGGCGGAGGGAUUGUCUACGUCGCCGGAUUCCGGCUGCUCUCUCUCGAUCGAUGACAUAGAGCAUUAUCUCUUGAACGAUGAUUCCUAUCAGCCGGUGGAGGAGGAAAUUGUCUUAGCCGAUGAGUUUGCCGCGGAUUGUUUUGCCGAGCCGGAGUCGUCUGAUUCGGAUCCGGAUCGGGUCAAGGAUUCUUCUGCUAGUCCGCUGGUGGAAGUUGUGAAUUGCGAGGAGGAGAUAGAGCGGGAGAAGCCCCAAGAGAACGGGGCGGAUGCUAUGCAGACGGGAGAUAAUUGCGCCGCUGACGACGACGACGGUGAUGCCAAUGAUCCGGAUGAGAAGAAACGAAAGAGGCAAAUGAGGAAUAGGGAUGCAGCCGUUAGAUCACGGGAAAGGAAGAAGAUGCUUGUGCGCGAUCUUGAGAUGAAGAGCAAGUACUAUGAAGCAGAAUGCAAGAGGCUGGGGAAUUUGCUCCAGUGCUGUCUUGCUGAGAAUCAAGCUCUACGGUUCUCGUUGCACAAUAGUCAGGCAUUUGAUGCGUCCAGGACCAAGCAGGAGUCUGCUGUGCUCUUGUUGGAAUCCCUGCUGUUGGGUUCCCUGCUUGGGUUCCUGGGCAUCAUAUACCUGUUAAUCCUGCCCAUCCAGCUCCUAUCAGCUCUGGAAGUGAGUCUUCUGCAAAACGUCGACAACACAGAGCACAGAAGCGUGGCAGCACGAAGAAAAGCAGGAAAUGAGGAUCACGGGUCUCUGUUCCAUUCAUUUAUGAUGGGCAAGAGAUGCAAAGCUUCGAGAUCAAGAAUGAAGUUGAGGCUAUUAAGCAGAGGCGAUGCAGCCGGCAUUGUAUCUGGUUUCUUGCUAGUUGGUCAUCGCUUAGUUCUCUAAGCGGAGAGAGUUUGAAUACAUGUGUUUUCAUUUCUUUUUGUUUAAACUUGUUGGCUUUUUUUCUAUGAGAACUUCUUAGGACUCCUUAGCUUUUGUGGUGACUGUUGAUUACUUUAAAUAACCAAGGUUUUAAUUUGGCA